AUGACAGAUUACGACAUCGUAGCUUACGAAGCGACUCGCUUCAAACGGGCGGCGUCGUCAAACGGGGGUUUAGAAGUGGAGGAGGAUUGCGAAGGCUUACUGACGGGGCGAGACGAGAUAGUACACUACAAUCUGGGGGGUUGUUACCCGUCUCUGAGCCUACAGCAAAAACGCCGGCGACCUUUAGAGAUUCGUGAACAAAGCACACGCGCUUUGACGUGCUUCAGCGGCAAUGACAAUGGCGCAUUAUGCGCAUCGGCUGGGGAGAGCAGCAGGGAGAUUUUUGAGUCGACUAAGAAAUCCGCCGCCUUAUCGUGCUUCGGCGUCAAUGUCAAUGGCGCAUCAUGCGCAUCGGCCGGGGAGAGCGACAGGGAGAACGACGAGGCGAGAGCAGAGGGGAGGGAAGGAGCGAGUGAGAGUGAGAGAGACGAUAGGAGUGAUUUCGAUUCGGCGGAGGGGACGAGGGAGGCGGAGUCGGCGGAGGGGACGGAGGGGGCGGAGGAGGCGGAGACGGCGGAGGAGGCGGAGUGGGCGGAGGGGGCGGGGAGGGCGGAGAGGGCGCAGGGGAAUGCGUCUGACGACGGCGGGUAUGACUCCCGCGGAUGGGAAUACGAGGCGGAAAUGGCUAUGCUGGCGGAAUCGGCAGCAGAAGAGAGGGGCGCGGAAGAGGGGAUGGCGGAAGAGGGGAUGGCGGAAAAGGGGAUCGCGGAAGCGGCGGAAGGGCACCAACGGGGGGAGUCGUGGGUGUCGAGUGUGGAGUGGUUCGUGUCGUGGCCGCUCAGGCGACUCAGCGAUCCGUGGCGCAGGCUUCCUCCCUGUCCUCACGCCCCAUCCGCCUUCCCCACCCUCCUUCCCCACUUCCAGCGGCUGCUGUGGGUGUGGGUGCUGGUGGCCGCGGCUAUCCUGUCGCUGGUAUUCGCGACGGCAUGGCAGCAUGCGGAGGCGACUGAGAGGGACGACCUGGAGAGUCACUGCGACGAGUGGGCGGCGUUCAUUGAAGCCAAGUUCAACAUCACGGCUGCCAACACACGCUCUAUUUCCGAUUUCAUCCGGGCCUACUACCUCGAUAACAUGGGGGAGGACUUACUUGACGUGCCCAAAUUCCAACGCUUCACCCAGGCCACUCUUGACAGCCGACCCAUGGCGUCAUGUGAGUUGCAUGGGAUAUGUUCCAUGGCAUCACUCGUGGGCUUCGUUCUGCUCAUCAACAGCUCGCUCGUUCGGGACACAGUGGAGAGGAACGCCAACCACUGCAUCUUCGCCCCGGAGCCCGACGGCACGCUCUCGUGCCGCCCGCGUGACCUGCCCCUGUACGCUUCGCUGCUCAUCUUCAACGCUCGCAAGGAGUACAGUGCGCGCGUGAACCUCUCCGCAGUCUGCUGCAUCGACCUCAUGGCAGACCCAGCUUUUAACGACACUUUCCACCGGGCCAUCAACUCAGCGUCCUCCGCCAUGUCUCCGCCCUUCAUGCGCGGCGACUACCCCUACCACUUCAUUGGAGAUGCCUUCCCAGUCUACUCCAACCUCACCACCUUCGCCCUGCCCCCCUCGCCCUCCCCUCCCGCCUUCGCCAUUCCCCCGCUCGCCACCCCUUUGGACCUCCCACGGGGGUUUGUCAUCGCGGGGUAUAACUUUGCAAACCUGCGAUCGCUUGCGGGGUUUCAGCAGCUUGUGGAGCUGGGGGCGAGGGUUUAUGUGGUGGAUGGUACGAGGGGCGGGGCGUGGGAUGGUGCACAGGACGAGAGUGUGCAUAAUGGGGAUCGGAUGAAUGGGGAUGGGCGAGAUGGCAGGUGGUUGCCUGCUCUGCUGUUUGACCAUGAGGGGGUGGUGGGAGAGGAGGAGAUUGGAGCGUGGAUGAUGGACGAGGAUGGGCAGGAGGAAGGGGGGAGAGUGCUGCGGAUGCUGCACAUUGGUGAUCCGACGAGAAGGUUCUAUCUUUUCUGCGAGCACAUCUCGUACACCAAGCAGUUCGGCCCAUUCAUCUGGAUCAUCGUGGCCGUUCUCUUCCUCGGCGUCUCCACCAUCUUCCUUUGGACGUGCAUCCAGUUGAUGCACGCCUUUGAGUGCGACUGUCAACAGCUAGUUGCCGCCCAACAUAAGCUACGUGCCGCCCGCUUGGUGGCCGAGGCGGCGAGUCGAGCCAAGGGCGCGUUUCUCACGACGAUGUCGCAUGAGAUCCGCACACCCAUGAACGGCGUCAUAGGCAUGCUGAAUCUGCUCAUGGAGACCCCUCUAGACAGGUCGCAGAAGGACUAUGCGGAGACGGCGUGCAGCAGCGGGAGGGCGCUGUGUACACUGAUCAACGAUAUUCUCGACCUCUCCAAGAUCGAGGCCGAGAAGCUCCGCCUCGAGCGCAUCCCCCUCAACCUGCGCGCCGAGCUCGACGACGUCCUCGCGCUCUUUGUCGAGAACGCCCAGGAGAAGCGCUGCGUGGAGCUCGCCGCGUUUGUCGCCGACGAUGUGCCGGAGAUGCUUGUUGGGGACCCGCUCCGAGUGAAGCAGAUCCUCAUCAACCUCAUAAGCAACGCAUUCAAGUUCACCACCAAGGGCCACGUCUUCAUCGCCGUUCGCCUCGCAACCACCACCGACUCUGACACCAGCUGCUGCCCCGCUCCCCCGCCGCUGCCCUCUCCUUCCUCCUCCACUUCCUCAGCAUCACCAUCACCAUCAGCAUCACCCUCACCAUCACCCCUACCGGUAGCAUCCUCAUCAUCUCACUCCAAGGCAUCUGCCAGCAAGCACCAGCAGGCACAAGCCGCAUGUAUGACGCUGAGUGGCCGGCCUGCCAUGAAGUCGUGGUGCUCCUGGGAGGGCAUGCGGGAGCACAUGGACCUUGCUGCCGUGGGCAUGGGCAAGGGCAUGGGCAAGGCGAGCUAUAUCGGACAUGGCGAUGGGAGUGCCUGUGCGCUUGAUGGUGGCCGUGGAAGACACAGGUACUGGCAUCCCCCGCCACGCUCGGAGGCACAUCUUCCGGCCGUACGCGCAAGCAGACCGCAGCACGGCACGGCUGCAUGGGGGGACUGGCAUCGGCCUCUCCAUUUGCAAGCGCCUGGUGUCGCUGAUGGGCGGAUCCAUCUCCUUCGUCUCAAAGCCAGGCAUCGGCACCACCUUCCUCUUCGAUAUCCUCCUCCACACACCCCCUCUCCUUCACCCUCCUCCCUCCCUUCCUCCUCUCCCUGA